AUUAGUACGGAGGACUCGAAAGGCACGGACAAGGUGAUGUGGAUCAAUGGGAAUAAGAUUCAAUGUGGUUGCUUUUUGUGCGACCAUCGAAGAGCAUGUCACUGAGUUGCCGCUUGCUGGCGAGGCUCGUCGUUGGCGUACUCAACUCUUCUCACAUCCAAGGGAUCGUCGAUUAUCUCCAAGGGGAGUACUUGAUGAAGGUGUAUACCAGUUGUGGGACAUAUUCAUGGACAUGCCGGCGACAGGGUGUAUAUCUCGGCACCCAAACAACCCUGUGGGCAGUGGGCAUUGGGGGCCACGUCAGGCCAAUGUCGACACUGCGAUCGACUGUCACUAGUUCACUGACGUCAGCGCCGCCCUCUUCGCACUGAGUUCCUUAUUCGCGUGGAGAGUUAUUCUGGGAUAUACUAUAGAAACCUAAUGGAAAAACGGAUCAUCAGAUACAACCAAUGAU